AUGGCGAACGAGCAGCAGUCCGGAAUCAAGAUUCCUGUGUGGAAUGGUGAGGCCUCCACUUUAGAGAGUUUCGAGGAAAAGGUGCAGUUGUGGGUCCUGGGCGCAAAGAAGGAUGACAGGAUCUACCUCGGCCCGCGUUUGGUUCAGGCAAUGGACGAGGAUUCGCAGCAGUGGUUUGAGGCAAAGAAGGUUUCGCUCGACGACCUCGUCAAGGAGGACGGAGCGGAAAAGGUCGUGGAGGCGCUCAAAGGAGUUAGAGGCACGGUCACGAUGCAGGAAGCUGUGUCAAAGUGGCGAGAGUUCAUGCGUGGAGUGUAUCGGCAUCCGGGUGAAGGUCCAAAGAGAUGGGUUUCUCGCUUUGACAUCCACUUGAGCAAGAUCGGUAAAGCCCUCCACGCAGUCUGUGACGAGAUUCCGGCCCAAGGUUUCAUGCACGAGUUCAUCCUAGGGUUGAUCCUGCUGGACGGGACGGGCUUGGACCCGUCAGAGCAGGCCGCGGUGCUGGCGACAAGCGGCCCCAAGGGCAACUCAUACCUCUACCAGGACGUGAAGAAGGCGCUAGCUGAGCAGUGGUCGGAGGAGCAGCUGGCAUCGCGGGACAAGCAGAAGGGAUACAAGGCCAGGAAGGGCGCUCACGCGGUCUUCGACGACGCCGACGAGCUCGCCGCCUACGCCGAGGAGGUCUACGACGAGGCGUACAUCGACGGGUUCGAGGAGGCGGCAGACAUCACGGAGUCAGCGAUGACGGCAGCCGAAGACCUGAUGACCGCCGCGCUCGGUGAAGAGCCUAGAGGAGACGAGGUGCAAGGAGAGGAUGCGCUGGCAGCGGCGGCCUCGACUCACGAGACGGACGAGUGGACGGAGACGGCCUUCGCGGCUUCGAGGACGUUCGUGGAAGCGAGGAAACUGAUCAACGAGGUCAAGAACGCCAGAGGCUACUUUCCGGUGGUAGGUCUGGGCGCCUACGACGCGCUCCCGACUCAACCCGCCGCUGGAGCUGGACGCGGACGUGCAGUGAGUCGGGGCGGACCGCCUCGCAAGGGCAAGGGCAAGGAUCGAGGCGGCGUGGCAGGCCGCGGCAAGGGUCGUGGUCAGAGUCAGAAGCGCCCAGCAGCACCUCCGAAGGACUCGAACUCAGGGAUCAACGAGAAGUUCAAGGGGGCUUGCCUGCUAUGCGGCGAGCCAGGCCACAAGGCAAGGGACUGCCCCAAUCGGGGCAACGGCGGCGCCCAAGGGGAGAGGCGCCGGGCUUUCAACAGCUUCGUCGGCGCGGCCGACGGCUACAGCAAGAAGGUCGAGUCCGAGGACGUCCAGGACGUGUUCGUCGGCACGGUCAACGACGAGGGCGAGUCCAAGGACUGCGACGAGGAGGAGCUGGACGAGUUCGUGGCCUUCAGCAUGGACGACUGCAAGGGCUACGCGCUCCUGGACGGUGGAGCGUCCAGAUCAGUCGGAGGCGUGGAGCAGCUGGAGUACGUGAACGAGCGCCUGAGUGAGCCCAUGGAGGUCAGCCCGGACAAGAGUCUGGGAUUCUCAUUUGCUGGAGGCGACCGGGCAGACGCACCCUCACGGGUGACCUUUAACGUGAAGGUCCUGAACGAUGAGGCUGUGAGCAUCUACGUGCUGGAUCGUAAGUCUCCGGUGCUGCUUGGAAUCGAUAUGCUGAAGAAGUACGGGCUCGUGAUCGAUUACUUCCACAACACCGUGUACUCUCAUCGGUUCAAGCGUGAGAACCCUACUAGAGUGCUCCCGUCAGGUCACUUGGCACUGAACCUUACUGCUCUGGGCAACGAGGGGUCCAACCAUGUCGUGGACCUGAUCAAGUGCAGGAACUGCGGGGAGCUCCUGUUCAAGUGCCACUUCGCGAAGACGAGCGACCAGAUGCUCCUCCAGUGUGUUCGCUCCCGGCAGUAUAUCAACCGCCUGGAGACCACGGGUACGGCCCAGCCCGUGGCGCCCAUGAUGAACCAGUCGAGCUCCUCGGACAGCGAGGCCACGAUGACGACAACGGCGCCAACGUCAAUGCCUCCACCGAGCCCUCCAGGGGCCACCAAGAAGUUGCCCGAGCGCCUGUCGGCCGAGGUCAUUCGGAAGCUCACGGACACGGAGGUGCAGCAGAUCAUCGAGAGCGAGAGGAUCAAGAUCCGCCAGGAGGAGCAGCAGCGCCUCGCGAAGGAGAUCCUCCAGAAGGGCCUCAUCGACACGCCGACGGACCCGACGGAGGUGGACGACAGGGCCAGGCCGAGCAAGAGGCUGGGCGUCAGCCAGAUGCCCAAGGCCAGCCGGAGACUUUCAUCUCGUGUGAAGAGCUGUGUACUCGGAGCGCUGAUCGCGGCGACGGCGGCUCUGGGAGAGAUGCCGGGCACCGCCUGGGAGGCAGCCGAGACCUAUGGCAAGCUGGACCUCGCAGAAGUGGCCUGUGUGUCCGACUCCAGGCUCACGCACGCGAUGAUCGAGCAAGGAGGCAAGGCCGAGAGAUUCAGCAACUGGAACGGGUAUGACUUCUCCACCAGGUCUGGUGCAGAGAAGCUCGUGAAGGCUUUGCGGGUCAAGAGGCCUCGAAGAGUUUGGUUUUCCCCACCGUGCGGAGCAGAGUGCCCAUGGCAGAAUCUGAACCCCGUAACGGCGGAGUCGGAGAAGAAGCUGAUCAAGACCAGACGUAUCCAGAGGAACGUCAAAUGGGCUAUCGGUCAGCUGCUGAACGAGGGUUUCUGUGACAUAUACCUCGAGCAGUCGGGGCGCUGCAGGUCUUGGACAGGCAACUUCAAGGAGCUCAAGGAGUCCAUGCAUGGCUGCAGGAUUCACGGGUGCAUGUACGAUAUGAGAGACGAGCAGAGCGGUCUCCUCAUGCGCAAGGACUGGCACAUCGCGACCACUGACCCGCAGUUUGAGAAGAAGGUCGGGAGGACCUGCCCUGACUUGCAUCUGCAUAUGCCGCUGGAAGGCGGCACGAGAGAGGCACUGUCAGCGAAUUGUCCCGUGAACCUGUGCCAGAGGAUCGCCCAGCACUUCAUGACCAGGGCCACCUCGGACGAGGCCCUCGCCUAUCUGGUGCAGGCCCACAACGAGUUGGACGACGAGCUGUGCGCAGCGGGCUACAGGCGCUUGCGGGAGAAGCGGCCCGCCUCGGCGGUCAAGUACCAGCUCCUGAUCCUGACGAAACCGGAGAUGCUCAAGUCCCUCCAGAAGGCGAGGAGUGUCCAGAACUGUACCAAGGCAGAGUUGCGCGAGCUGGGGGCCAUCAUCGCACACAUCCAUCGGAAUUUUGGACACUGCAGUAUGAGCACGGUCAGCGCCGCCCUCAAGUCUCGCAAGGCGGACCAGAAGCUCAUCGACCUUUGCAGCCACUACGAGUGUCCGGCGUGUAAGGCAGCUCAAAGGUUUCAGAUGCGACCUAUUGCCAGCUCAGAACCAACAUUACCCGCUCCUGGUACCGAGAUGGGUUGCGACAAUUUCUAUUGGACACAUCCUCGACGAGCCUACCAAGUUCGUGGGACCCUCUGUGCAGACUAUGGCAGCCGCUUUACCCAGACGUCGAUUCACUGUCAGAAGGGGGUCGAGGAGCAUUGUGGCAACACCACCGCGAAGGAGAUGAAGGAGGUAGUGCUGAAGGACUGGAUCCACCACUACGGCAAGCCGGAGGUUUUCAGGACAGAUCCCGAGGGUUGCUUCAAGCAGGUCGAGCAGCGCGCCUGGGUCUCGGGUAACGGCAUGGAGUGGAGACCGGAACCCGGAGAAGCUCACUGGCGAAUGGGAGUGAUCGAAAGGUGCAUCGAGACCGUCAAGGAAAUCGCCACUCGCCUCGCCUGGGAGCUACCAGACGACACAGAUCCCGCGGACAUCUUUCGCUGGGCUUGCGUGGCCAACAACGACCUCAUGCGACGCCAAGGCUACAGCCCGAUGAUGCUCAUGAUGGGUCGUACCCCGUCGGGGCAGGGCCUGGAGCAAGUGGAGAAUCCCUCGGUCCUGAGCGCAAAUGUGGUGGACAAACACUUCCAGGAGGUCACGCGCAUCAAGGCGGCUGCUUACAAAGCGUGCGUGGACCACUACCUGUCGGAGAAGACGAAGCGUGCUCUGCUGGCCAAGACGAGGCCGUUCAAGACAUGGGAGCCUGGUGAGAAGGCACACUACUGGCGAGGUGCGAAGGGUAACAGUCACAAGACUCGACCAGGUAUCGCUGGUCGAUUUCACGGUCCCGCCACUGUCUUGAUGCAGGAGCGCGAGAUGAAGAAUGGAGUUGCGGUGCGUCGAGGAGUUGUCUGGCUUGUUGACGGUGACCGUCUCGUACGAGCAGCGGCCGCUCACCUCCGCACGACUACGAAAGCAGAGCGGACCCUGGAGAGCAUCUCCGCAGGGAGCUCCGACCACUUCAAGAAGAUUCUUCAGGAGUUGACGAAGGGUGCUUACGACGAUGUGGUGGAUCAGCCUGGUGAAGCGGGGUCGGGCUCGAGUGGCCACGAAGGGGCCGCGCCUGAGGCCUCACCACCUCCUAUGCCCGCGCAGAAUCCAGCUGAACCAGCACCGACGCCGACCAGAGACCAGAUCGACGAGAGCGAGCCACCACCAGAAGGUUACAACAAGCGGGAAGCCAGUAAGGAACCUUCUGAGGAUCCAGAUCCCAAGAGACAUCGCGCCGACUUUGCAGGGUACUUGGGCCAUCUGUGCCAGAAGGCGCCGACGCUUGUCAUGCCCGAGCUCGGUCGUGCCGAGCCCGAAUCCGAGGGCAGUGCGAAUUGGGUCUCACCCUGGGAGUAUGACCAGAAUACGAAGGCUUCCGACCUGGUGGGCUUCGUGGGCGAGGACGAGCCGAACCUCGCGAUCAUGAUCGGCUUCGCGCUGGAGGAGUCGGAUGUGGAUCAACUCAGCUGGAGGCCUGACAAGGCCCUCGCCGCGAUGGUCAAGCAGAACAAGGUCGAGGUGAAGCUCAAGAACCUUACGGCAGAGGACCGUGAGGAGCUCCCGAUCGCGAAGGGUAACGAGAUCAAGUCUUUCCUCAAGUAUCGAGUCUGUGAGGCAGCCAGUCGUGCAGGAGUACACCCUGGAGCCCUGAUGAAGAUGAGAUGGGUCAUUACAAGGAAGGAGACUGGCGACCUUAAGGCUUUCCUGGGCGUCUCCGCCUCGAUGGGCUUUCAGGUCUUCAAGGGUGACGUCAAGGUAGCUUUCCUACAAGAACCUGGAGGGCAGCUCAUAGGUCUGGCCGAAGCCCACGUGGACGACCUCAUGAUCGCGAUUGACCAGCACUCGGACUUUGCAGUGGACGCCCUCCAGCAGCUCCAUCGAGCCUAUGAGCUCAUGGAGAUAGAUAUUCCCGCACAUCGACGUCGUGAUCCUGAGCAGCCGGUGACAUCGUCAGAAGCUACCCGUCUACGAGCCGCCUUCGGUCAGCUCAUGUGGUUGGCUACGCAGGGCGUGCCCCUCAUCGGGGCAGAGCUGUCACUGCUGCUGGCUUACAGUAAUUCCGCAACGGUGAAUACUCUCCUGCAGGCCAACAAGCUCAUCAGGCGCACCAAGUUCGAGGCGACCAAAGAGCUCAUCAUGGAGAAGCACGCGAAUCCGUGUGUGGUUGGCUAUUCGGACGCAGCCUGGAAUGUUCGACGUGAUGGUUCUUCACAGGGUGGUUUCUUGAUCUUUCUGACUGACUAUACCUUGAUGCAGAACCGAGAAGCGCCGAUCUUUCUGCUGGCUUGGGCAUCUGCGAAGUUGCCGAGAGUGUGUCGGAGCUCGAGCGCGGCCGAGGUACAAGCCGCCAGUGAAGCUCAAGAGGAGCUGGAGUUUUGUAGGCUGCUGCUGAGCGAGAUCCUGCUGGGACCCGCGCCUCUUAAGCAGUGGACUUCAAGCUGUGCGAAGAUUCCUGGCGCCCUGGUCCUGGACUGCCGCGGCGUGUUCGAUGCUCUGGAUCGGUCCGAGAGCAGCGCCCUCGGCAUGAAAGACAAGAGGAGCGCGCUGGAGGCCCUGGCCCUCAAGCGCGGCAUGGCCGCCACAUCCACAUCCCUGAGGUGGUGUCACAGCGGUGCGCAGCUGAGCGAUUGUAUGACCAAGAACUCGGAGAAGGCUCGCGCCACCUACAACCUUUGGCAGCAGCGAGGCACCUGGAAGUUGAUAUACGACGCUAAUUUUAUUUCCGAGAAGCAGAGAAGACAACGAGGACUGCAGACACUAGACCAGGCCACAUAUUUCGCAGUUGAUGACGACGAUGCCUGGCAGUUGUACCCGGAGGAUUUGGAGAUCGAGGAGGAGGCAGAUAUUCCCCAAGACUUUCGGCUCCCGGAAGCGGUGAGCGUGAUGAGACAUGAUGCUACCUCCGUGCAGUAG